UGUUGAUAUGGAAGACCUUCAGAACCUUUUCAUGACAUGAGACAUGAGAACCAGGCUUUCAUGUUCUGGAAAGACUGGCUCCUGGAGGUGGAUGAGGGAACUAGACCUGUGACCCUGCAACAAAUAUUAACAUUUGUCUCAGGGGUAGACACCAUUCCACUGCUUGGGUUUCCCUACCCACCACAGCUGGAAUUCUUGCAUGGCGACAAUGACAGUAGGAGAGUGUUCCCAGAGGCCAACACUUGUCAAGUUGUCUUAAGGCUGCCUCUGCACACCUCUUAUGACAACUUUAUCCAUUUCAUGGAGUCUGGGAUACUGCAGUCCCCGACUUUUGGAGUAAUCUAGUCAAUAUAUAUACAUAUACACAACGUACCACUUCCGAGUUUGUG